AACAGUAUCUUCAAAAUAAUUCUGAUAUUUUAAGUAAAUAACUGAUGAUCGAUUAACGCAGGGACCAACUUGAUACUUUUUAUAAUGAAGUGACACGUUUAAAAGAUCGGGCACUAACUUUACAAUACGCCCAAAUUUGAGAAUUUUUUUUUCUUGAGCACAGACCAGAAGCAACCAUUUAGUUCCGCUUCCUGCUUUAAUCAUUUUCUCUAUCCGGGUUUUUGUUUGAAACUUUGAAUCCCCACGAUGCAUCUUCAAACACUAACACAGCCAACCUACAUUCUCAAUUCUUCCAGUUUUUUACCUUAUUCUUGUUUCAUCGUCCCGUUCCAACCAGUAGUUCCAUACCCCAAAUGCGUCUACGAUUCAAAUUUCAAGAACGGGUUUUGCAGUUUAUUCAAAAGAGUACCUCGAUUGCUCACUAGUUCGAGAACUCAUGGUGGCUUGAUUGGAAUCAGAUGUGAGAGUUUCACAGAUGAAGACAGGUUCUAUAUGAGGAGGUGUGUGCAGCUUGCAAAGACAGCAAUUGGGUGCACGAGCCCUAAUCCCAUGGUGGGGUGUGUUAUCGUGAAGGAUGGGAACAUCGUCGGUGAAGGGUUUCAUCCAAAAGCAGGGCAGCCUCAUGCCGAGGUUUUCGCUCUGAGGAGCGCUGGGGAUUCGUCUGAGGAUGCUACAGCAUAUGUGAGCUUGGAGCCUUGUAACCAUUACGGGAGAACUCCACCCUGUACUGAAGCGCUUAUUCGAGCCAAGGUAAAAAGGGUUGUGGUUGGAAUGGUGGAUCCAAAUCCAAUUGUUGCUUCAAAAGGGGUGGAAAGACUGAGGGAGUCAGGAAUUGAUGUCACAGUUGGUGUAGAGGAAGAACUGUGCAAGAACCUUAAUGAGGCAUACAUCCACCGAAUGCUUACAGGGAAGCCAUUCACUAUGCUCAGCAGAUACUCACUGUCAGUCAAUGGCCGCAUCUUAAGCCAGCUUGGAGAAGGAUCAACACAGUCUGGUGGGUAUUAUUCACAAUUGCUACAGGAAUAUGAUGCAGUCAUACUUUCUAGCACCUCAUUUACUGAAAAAUCUUCCUUUCCUACUUCUCAAGAACCCAAAGCCAAUCAACCUAUGAAGAUUAUUGUACAUAGAAACCCAAAUUUGCUAAUGCAAAUACCUACUGUCCCUCCAGAGGCUGCUAGUCAGGUGAUAAUUUUCACUGCCGGGGACACAGCUCUAAACACGGAAUUAGCUCAACAGGGAAUUGAAACAGUGGUUUUUGAUCAGAUAAGUUUAAAUACAAUUCUCGAUUAUUGUGGCUGCCAAGGAUUUUGUAAUGUGUUGUUGGAUAUACAGGGUGAUUGUGAUGAUUUAUUGGAGCUCAUUGAAGACAGUCUCGAGCAAGGUUUGUUACAGAAGGUAAUGAUGGAAGUAUUUCCACUUUGGGAUGGAAGUGAAGGGAGUUCAUUUCUGGCGUUGAAGAAUCUCAAGAGGUCAUUUAGAUUAAAGAAGUUAAAGUCUACUAAAGUUAAGGACAGUGUUCUCAUAGAGGGAUACUUCUGCUAGAAAUUCACUUCAAGUGAAAUGAAUGCCACUGGUUUUUGUACCCAGUCAUGAAAGUCAAAAAUGGCAAUAAAAGAGAAGGAAAAAGGAAUUGUAAUGA